AUGAUGAGGGUGCUCAAGAUCUUGUGGUCGGCAUUUGUUCUGGCAUCAUGUCUUGCGCUCAAUACCACUGAACCAAGGCAUACAAAUAACUGGGCGGUUCUGGUGUCAACCUCAAGGUUCUGGUUUAACUACAGGCAUAUGGCAAACGUGCUGAGUAUGUACAGAACAGUCAAGAGGCUAGGUAUUCCCGACUCCCAAAUCAUCUUGAUGCUUUCGGACGAUAUAGCCUGCAACCCUAGGAACGCGUUUCCUGGAUUUGUCUUCAAUAAUGCCGACAGACAGCUCGAGCUGUACGGAGAUAAUAUCGAAGUGGAUUACCGUGGAUACGAAGUGACGGUCGAGAACUUCAUUCGUCUUUUAACAGACAGAUGGCCCGACGAGCAGCCCAAAUCCAAAAGACUGCUUACCGAUGAACAUUCCAAUAUUUUCAUCUACAUGACGGGCCACGGUGGAGAUGAGUUUUUGAAAUUCCAAGACGCGGAGGAGAUUUCGUCUUAUGACAUCGCAGACGCCUUUGAAGAAAUGCACGAGAAGAAGCGCUACAACGAAAUUUUCUUCAUGAUUGAUACCUGUCAGGCCAACACAAUGUACAGCAAGUUUUACUCGCCAAACAUUCUGGCUGUUGGUUCAUCCGAUUUACAUGAGAGCUCAUAUUCUCACCAUUCAGAUACCGAGAUCGGAGUAGCCGUCAUCGAUCGCUUCACAUAUUUCAACCUAGAAUUUUUGGAGAACCUGGAAAAAGACAGUAAAUUGACGUUGCAGGAUCUGGUGGACUCGUACACUUUCGAGAAGAUACAUUCCAAUGCUGGUGUUCGCACAGACCUGUUCCAAAGAAAUCUCUCUGAGGUGCUAAUCACUGACUUCUUCGGAAACGUUCAGCAGACCGUUCUUGACAACGUUGAGGAGGAUUUGCUCUAUUUGACUAAUCACGACGCACAAGGCUUCUUGAAGAAUCUAUCCGCACCAAAACUACUAGAGGUCGAAGAGCAAAGAAAACCAAGCUACUUCAAUCAAAACAAAAGUAUGAUCACUCUUGGAACAUGCGAGAGCAAACAAAUAUCGUCUACAAAUCUCGUCACCACUGGAGCGGUCAUUGCCGCGUUGUUCUUCUUUGUCAACUACUUCAAAAUUUAA